AUGGAUAAUAAUAAUAAUAACAAUCCAGUUGAUCCUCACAGUAAAGGAAAUUCAAAUACUGAUGAGGGUGUUGAAUUGGAUAGAAUAGCUCAAGAUUCAAAUAUCAAUCUCCCAGCAAGCGACCCAGCUGUUCGUAGAGAUGAAACCUCAUUACCAAUGGAUAGUGUUGAACAAUCCACCAAAACUAUUUCAGGUUAUCCAAGCUCAAGCGAUAAAGAUAGUAAUAGUAAGAAAGAAGAUGAAAAUUAUAAUUUUAGAUCAACAUGGGUACCAAAACUUCAACAAGAACUUUUUGAAAAUCCAGAAGUUUUAGAAUCAAGAAGAACCAAACAAAGAGCUACUAAUUAUAGAAGAACUCUUGAAAGAGAAAAAGAAGGUAUUAAACCAUUAGAUAAUAUCUUUGAAGAAUUAAAAGUUAAUGCAAAUGGUUUGACUAAAGCCGAAGCUCAAAAAAGAAUGGAAGAAGUUGGUCCAAAUGCAAUUCCAGAUGUUAAAAGAUAUCCAAUUUUAGAAUUUCUUUAUUUUAUGUGGAAUCCAUUAUCAUGGACUAUGGAAGUUGCCGCUAUUGUUUCAAUUGCUCUUUUAGAUUGGGUAGAUUUCAUUUUAAUUUGUGCUUUACUUUUAUUAAAUGCCACUAUUGGUUUUAUUGAAGAACAUACUGCUGGUAAUGCAGUUGAAGCUUUAAAGAACUCUUUAGUUAGUCAAGUUCGUACUAUGCGUGACGGUCAAUGGGAAAUGAUUCCAUCACCAGAUGUUGUACCAGGUGAUGUUAUCAUGUUAAAGAUUGGUGCCGUCGUUCCAGCCGAUUGUAGAGUUUUAGAAGCCGAACAAGUUAAAAUCGAUCAAUCCUCAUUAACUGGUGAAUCCCUUCCAGUUAACAAGAAAGUUGGUGAUGAAGUUUACUCUGGUUCAUCAAUGAAACAAGGUGAAGCUAAAUGUGUUGUCACUGCCACUGGUGUAAAUACUUUCUUUGGUCGUGCUGCCCAUCUUGUACAAGAAACUGAAGGUCAUGGUCAUCUUCAAGUCAUUCUUAGAAACAUUGGUCUCUUCUGUAUUUUCUUCAUUGCCAUUUGGGUACUCAUUGAAUUAUUAGUUGUAUUCCUUGGUCGUGGUGGUUAUUGUCAUGGUGUUGGUGAAGGUAGAUGUUCACCAUUAAACAAUGCCCUCGUUUUAUUAGUUGGUGGUAUUCCAAUUGCUAUGCCAACUGUUUUAUCAGUUACUAUGGCUAUUGGUGCUACUCAACUCUCAAAGAAGAAGGCUAUUGUAUCUCGUUUAGCCUCCAUUGAAGAAUUAGCUGCUAUGGAUAUUCUCUGUUCAGAUAAAACUGGUACUCUUACUCUUAACAUUCUUACUGUUGAUGAACCAAUCUGUUUUGGUGACUCUAAACCAGAGGAUGUUGUUUUCAUUUCUUACUUGGCUUGUUCUGAAGGUGAUGAUCAAGAUGCCAUUGAUAAAGCCAUUACAAAUUAUUGUCAUGAAAAAUAUCCAAAUGCUGACUAUGCCAACCAUCAAGUAUCAAAACAUUAUCCAUUCAAUCCAGAAGAUAAAAAAGCUAUGGGUCUUGUAAACGGUCCAAACGGUAAAACUUUCAAAGCCUCCAAAGGUGCCCCACAAAUUAUCCUUCGUGAAUCUGACAACUACAAAGAAAUCGGUGAAGCUGUUGAAAAGGAAAUCGAAAAUCUCGCUGAUCGUGGUUAUCGUGCUCUUGGUGCUUCAAUUUCAUACGAUGCCCCAGACUUCAAAACAUGGCACUUUUUAGGUUUAAUUCCAUUAUUUGAUCCACCACGUCACGAUACUGAAGAUACUAUCAAACGUGCUCUUGAAAUGGGUGUUAGUGUUAAAAUGAUUACUGGUGAUCAAUUGGCUAUUGCUAAAGAAACUGCAAGACGUCUUGGUAUGGGUGGUAAUCUCUUUACUAUUCCAUAUUUAGAAAACAAUGAUCUCGGUGUCUCUGAAGGUGAAGUUAUUGAAAUGGCUGAUGGUUUCGCAGAAAUGUGGCCAGAACAUAAAUACAAGGUCGUUGAACAACUUCAAAAGAGAAAGCAUGUUGUCGGUAUGACUGGUGAUGGUGUAAAUGAUGCACCAGCCUUAAAGAAAGCUCAAAUUGGUAUUGCUGUAGCCGGUGCUACUGAUGCUGCUCGUUCUGUCUCUGAUAUCGUCCUUACCUCAUCUGGUCUUUCAGUUAUCAUUGAUGCUAUUAUUUGCUCUCGUAAGAUUUUCCAACGUAUGAGAAAUUACGUUAUCUACUCUGUCUCUGCUACUGUCCGUAUCUGUUGUACUUUUGGUAUCCUCACCAUCGGUUGGGGUUUCAUGUUCCCAACUAUUGCCACUGUUAUCAUUGCAAUUUUGAAUGAUGGUACUAUGCUUACAAUUGCUAAAGAUCGUGUAAAACCAAGAAAUGAACCUGAUGAAUGGAAUCUUUUCGAAGUAUUCACUAUGGCUCUUUGUUAUGGUUUCUAUUUAGUCGGUUCAACUAUUGUAUUCUUUGCAAUCAUCAACAACACUACCUGGUUCCAAGAUCACAUCAACUUACGUUACCUCCACGACUCUGAAAUUCGUGGUAUCAUUUAUCUCCAAGUUUCAAUUUCUGGUUUAGCUACUAUUUUCGUUUCACGUUCUCAAGGUUUCUCAUACUUUGAACGUCCAGGUUUCUUUGUUAUCUUUGCUUUCUGUCUCUCCCAAGUUGUUGCUACCUUUAUUGGUGUUUACGGUCUCAGAGCUUAUCCACAUACUUGUUCCUAUUUAGAAGUAGAUGAUCCUAAAUAUGCAGACUGUGAGAAAUUCGAAACCAAUUUAAGAGGUGCCGGUUGGGGUUGGGCUGUUUGUGCUUGGAUUUGGUCAUUCUUAUGGUACAUCCCAAUGGAUUUCAUCAAACUUGGUGUCACCUUUGCUCUUCGUGGUAAGAUUCAACCAAUCAAUAGAGGUGCCCUUCGUAAGAUUUACAAAUGGUUUGGUAAAGAUCUUCCAAAAGAAGAACCACAAGCUGCUGUUAAAAAAGAAAAACCAGCUUUUGUUUUCCCACCAGAAACUACUCAUCACAAAUCAAAUCAUUAA